AUGCCUCCACGAAGAGAUAUUCGAGGUCAUCCUGCUAUGAGGAAUGUUGAUCCUCAAAAUCAAGGGAUACCCAAUGCGCCAAAAGUGCAACCCCAAGGAGAGGUCGCUAAUGCUGAGUUUCGGGAUGCUAUCCGGAUAUUGAGUCAAGAUGUGGCUGAUACAUCCAGGAUCUGUGAGUUCUUAAGGAUGAAUCCUUCAAACUUCACCGGUUCAAGUGUCACUGAGGAUCCGAAAAACUUUGUGGAAGAGUUGCAGAAAAUAUUUGAGGUGAUGCAUGUUGCAUAUGCUGAGUGUGUGGAACUAACUGCAUACCAAAUGAAGGGUGUUGCUAGAGUUGAUGAAGAUAAGUUGAGAGAUAGAGGAGAGUUCCGGAACAAGAAGGCCAAGACAACCAGUAAUGAGUCUGGCCAGCAGAAAGGUAAUGCGAACCGGCCAUCUUUUCAACAAAAGCCAACUGGACUUGUUUCAUCAUCUGCUAGUGCACCUGCACCAAGGAACAAAGGAGUGUGUCGUGAUGGAUCCACUGGUUGCUUCAAGUGUGGUCAAGUAGGUCACUUCAUGAGAGAGUGCCCGAAGAACAUGCAGGGUAAUGGUAAUAGGGGAAAUAGAGCCCAAUCUUCUUCAGUGGCUCCGUCACACAGAGCUACACCUAGAAAAGCUACUUCAAUCUUCAGGGACAGGCGGAGGAGAAAACAGCAUGUAUGCUAUCACCAAUAG